AUGUUAAUUAAAUUGAAUUUCAGUUUAGUAUUUAUCACGCUAAUUAUUAGCUUAGUUAUUGUUUAUAUUAGCUAAACUCGUAAACUUAAUAAAUAAAAAUUUUUCUUAAUUAAUUACAUAAAUUAAAAAAAACCUUUUGUGUAGAUGUUCACUGUAAAGCAACAGGCACUAAAUAAAAUUUAAAGUAAGUAGGCUUAACUUCCUAAAAAUACAUAAGAUUCCCUUCAAUAAAUGCUUGCUUGGGAUUAAGAGUUUCUUGCAUCAAAGGAUAAGCUGUUUAAAAAUAAGCAUUAAUACUAAGGGAACGGUGGUUCAGCUUUGCUAUUGAAUUUAAACACUAACAAAAAGACAAAUUUAUAACAACAGUAACAACAGUAGAAUUAAAUCUAACCAACAUAAAUGAGCUAAAUUUCGUAACAUGAACUAAGGUAGUUGUAAAAAAAAAGAAAAUUGCAAGAAUUAGCAAGAGAAAAUAGUAAAAUUUUAAAGUCAUAAAAGUAGCAAUAAAAAGAAAAUAAUGAGUAAAUAGAUUCAUCUUAGGACGCCUCUGACGAAUAUGAAGUUGAAAAAAUUGUUGAUAAAAAAAUUGAAAAUGGAUAAAUAUUUUACAAAGUGAAGUGGAAAGGUUGGGAUAGUACUUACAAUACUUGGGAACCUGAAAAUAAUCUUUUUAGAGUAUCUGAAAUGAUUGAAGAGUACGAAGCUUCAAAAAAAUAUUAAAAAAGAUAAAAUUUCCCAAAAUAAGUAGAUUCUGGGAGUAGUGAUUUGGAAGAUAACGAUAAAAAGUAAAAUUCAGCUCCAAAAAAAGGAGAAACUUCAAAUUAAAUAAAUUAAAGUAACCUAUAAAAUAAAAAUGAGAGUUUGUCAAAACUUUAGUAGAGUUAGUAAAAAAUUUAAUCUAAUGUAAUAAAAAGUAGAUAGCCUUCUAAUAAUACACCAAUAACCCCAAAAGAAUAACAAGAUAGACUUUAUAAAGAAAAUUUAACUGCAAAUAAAUAGAAUAAUGCAAAAGAAAUGGAUACAUACGAAAAGAAUUAAAAUAUGAGCAAUAGCUAAAUUUAACUUGAAAAAAAUAAAUAAUUUUAUUAAUUGCUGAUGAAUUAAAAAUCAUAAUCUGCUUCUUCUACUUCUGCUUUAAUUCCACCACAAAAACAGAAUUAAAAGAAUUUAGAAGAAACAUAAAAUUUGUAAAACAAUAUAAAAAAUUAAGAAAAAAAGAUUGCUAACAACAUAGAAUAAUUAGAUCUAGAGGAUGAUAAUCUUGAAGUUGAAAAAGAUUAUUCUUAGUAAAUUCAUCAAAAGUCACAAAACAAAGAAAAAUCAUUUGAAGAAAAUGAAGAUGGAAAUGAGGACGACAAAGAAUACAUUUUUGAAGCCAUACUUGAUAAGCGUUAAUUAGAGGGAUAAGAAGUCGAAUAUUUGCUGAAAUUUUCUAACCAUGAUAAACCUGAGUGGGAACUGAUAAGUAAUUUAGAAAGCAUAGAAGAAGAAAUAAAAGAAUAUGAAGAAGGGUUAAAAAGGGCUUAAGAAAAAGCUAUUUUGCUAUCAUAAUAAGAAAAUUUAGAUUAAUAAAACUUGUAAUUUGAAGAGGUUUAAUAAGACAAAGAAUUUAUUAGUUAAACUGAACCUGCUACAAGUUUAACAACUAUGCAAAGUCUAGUUCAUUAAAAUAAAGAAAAUUAAUCUUAAGUAAAUCAUCAGACUAAAAAAAAUAAGAUUGUCCCUGAAUAAAUAGAUGUGGACUGCUCAGAUGAUUAAUUUGAACAAGAGGUUUAAAAAAAUUAAAUGGAUAUUUAAUCUAAUUUAAGCCCAUAAAAUUCUAACCAAAAUAUCAAUUAUUAACCAGACUAAUAGAAAAAAGAUAAAUAAACUAUUGGCUCUGAAUUGAAUAGUAAAUAAAAAUAGUAAUAAUUAAAUAUCCAGCAAGUACUUCCUUGCUAAACUAAAAUAUUAGAAAAUGUAAUCUAAAAUUAAUAACCAUUUAAUUUAAUUAAUCCUUUACUUAAUAACACUUCUCUUCAGCAGCUAGCAAAUAUUUCAAACCCUAUUAAUUACACAUAAAAUUAUAACUUUAGCUAGGAAAUUGGAUGCUUUUAUAAAGGUGAUCAAAGAUUUUCUAUUGAACCUUGUGACUAAUCUACUCUACAAGAUCUUUCUAAGACUACUUUCAAAGUUAUGUGGAAACCAAGAGUUAAUGGUUGUGUACCUCUACCAAGUCUAAUAUCUUACUAAAUGCUAAAAGAACAUGAUCCAGUAGGCUUGGUUUUAUUUUUUGAAAAUCUAAUAUAGAAAUAAUAGUAAUAAAUAGCUAAAUGA